UUGAAAUCGGAUUGUUAACAGCCUAAUUUCGGUUUGUUGUAAUCGCAUCGCCGUGCUGCCGUCUGAAAGCAUUUUGUUCCUGCUAGCGGGGACAGAAAUGCCUUUUAAUGUGGUGGCUGCACAGAAGAACAGAGUAACUUAUCAGUAACAGUUAACUAUGGUUUCUUCACUCCGCUGGCUCCAUUCCUCUUCAUUCUAUUGUCAAAGGUUUGAACUCAGGAGAACUCAAGGCGCUGUUCGAGAUUUGCGGCUUCUUCGAGGAUGGGGCCUGUCCUAUUUUAGCCUUUACCCAAGUCCAUGGUAUUGUUUUCCUGCAAAACUGUUGCUGAGGUUGCAUCACAGGAAUCGCACAAAACCUCUAGUUGCUUCUGGUUUUGAUGCCGUCGAAAGUCUACCGAGAUUGAAGAUGUUCUGCAAUUCUGAUUUGAAAAUACAUGAUAGGGAUGAGUUUGUGAGUCAGUUGCAAGAAUUAUUGACCCAAGUUAAAAGCAUGAUCAAAAGUGGGAACAAGGAGGAUGCCAUACAUGUUCUUCAAGCAAAUUAUGAAACUGUGAAAGAACAGGUGGAUGAUGGUCAUGUAGGCAUAGAGCAGGCUGCUAUAUUAGACACUCUAGCUCUGGGAUAUAUGGAUAUUGGUGACAUGAAGACUGUUGUGCAUUUAUUGAAUCUGCUGAAAAGUAUAACAUCUUGUGUAGAAGAUGAUCAACCACUAUUGGACUCAAUAUUAAUGCACAUGGGAAGCAUGUCUUUGACAAAUGGGAAGUUUGAUGAUGCUGCACUUAUGUAUGAAAGAUGCCUGAAAAUUUUAGAGAAAGAGUUUGGGGAUGACAAUCCUUUCCUCAUAACUCCACUUAUGGGAAGGGCAAAAGUCUUCAGAUUAACUGGACGGAUCUCUAAGGCGAUAGCUAUUUAUGACCGGGCAAUUAAAUUAUUGGAAAAAAAUAGAGGAGUGGAAAGUGAAGAGCUAGUUGUUCCUCUAUUUGGCCUUGGUGAUCUUUAUAUUAGUGAAGGGAAGGCUGGAGAAGCAGAGUCUUGCUUUAGCAGAAUUUUAUGCAUAUAUCAAAAGUUAUAUGGAGAAACUGAUGCAAAGGUUGGAAUAGCUUUGUCUUCAUUGGCCCGCGCAAAGUGUGCUAAAGGAGAAAUAAAAGAGGCUAUAAAUCUUUAUAAAUCAGGUCUUCAAAUCAUCAAUGAAUCAAAAUAUUUGAAUUUAGAUGAUGAUCUUCUAGAAAAAAUGAGAGUUGAUUUAGCAGAGUUGCUUCAUACUGCGGGAAGGGAGCAUGAAGGCAGAGAAGUACUCAAGGAAUGCCUUUUGAUCAAUGAAAAGUACAAAGGGAUUGAGCAUCCUAAUUCAGUGGGUCACCUUCUAAGUCUUGCUGCCUCGUAUUCCCGUUCUAAAAACUAUAGUGAGGCAGAACGUUUGCUGAGAACAUGCUUGCAUUAUAUGUCUAGGACUGUGGAACCUGGUGGUCAAUCCAUCACUGUUCCAAUGUUACACCUUGCGGUUACCUUGUACCACCUAAAAGAAGAUGAAGAAGCUGAGAACCUUGCUCUUGAAGUGGUUCAAAUUCGUGAGAAAUUAUUCGGCAAAGAAUCUCUUCCUGUAGGUGAAGCCCUGGACUGCCUGGUCUCAAUACAAACUAGAUUAGAGAGGGAGGACCGUGAUAUUUUAGCUAAGUUGAAAAGAAUCUUGAGUAUUCAAGAGACAGAGUUUGGUUAUGACAGUGAGGAUUAUCUUAUGACAUUGAAAAAGGUGUUGUUCUAUUUGGAUAAAAUGGGGCUGUAUGAUGAGAAAUUUCCUCUACAAAGAAGCUUACAAUCGUUAAAGAUCAAAUUCAAACAAAGCAUUCCUGUAUGAGCUAUUGCAGUUAUCUUCUUUCCUAAAGUUUUAGUUGAAAAUGAAAUUAUAGAGUUAUGUGAAGAAUGUUAAUGGAACCGUGUUGCACCUUGCUACAGCUAGUUCAAGAUGUAAUCAUUGCAAGUUAUUGUACUUAAUCUUUUGAUUAAGAAGUAUAUGUCCGUUUAAAUCAUCCCAAUCUAACACGGCAGCCUAUAAUUAUGUGUUUUCCCUGUUGGAAGAAUAGGAAGGCCUGACUCUAUUUAGGGAACAGUUAUGUAUUCUUUUGUAGUAGCGACAUGUUCAAUUUUGGAUAUGUUGUUUAUCAGUUCCUUGGAGAUGUAAAGGUAAACAGUGAACAAGCAGAAAGAUGGAUAUUUAUGAA